AUGAAGAGGAGCGGGAUGUGCUGGUGGCUCGUCACCGUCCUGGGGGUGCUGAGCGGACCCGGCGUGGGGGCCGGGAGCUGCGGACCCCGGGAGCACGGGACGCCGGGAUGCCCACCUGGAGAGGAGCCCGCCGGGGGUCCGGUGGGGACGUGUCGAGCUUGUCCCCCCGGUACCUUCUCACCGGGGGACAUAUCCUGCUCUGCUCACACCCGCUGCCGAGCCGGGAACAGGAUCCUGGUGGCACCGGGAACGGCGAUGACCGACAGCCGCUGCGGAGCCUGCCUGCCGGGGUUUUACAGCCCUGAAGGGGAGAGGGAGCCCCGGGGCCGGUGUCUGCCCUGCGCCGAUGCUCCCCGCAGCACCCCGGGGUGCCCAGGCCGGCGGCGAGCCCGCAGCCCCGAAAUACCGGGCCGGCCGUCGGGGACCAACAGGACGUGGGUGGCCCUGAUGGGUGAGGAAGAGGAGGAGGAGGAGGCGGCGGCGGCGCAGGCGGCCGUGCUGACCAUCGUCCCUGUCUUCUGCGCCAUGGGGUUGUUGGGCAUCCUGGUCUGCAACCUGCUGAAGAAGAAGGGUUACCACUGCACCGCCAGCAAGGACCCCCAGCCUGGCGGCACCGGUCCCAGCUCCAUCUACCAGCUGGAGGACGCCAACGAGGACACCAUCGGGGUGCUGGUCCGGUUGAUCACCGAGAAG